CUUGCUUUCACUCCUUCGAUUGUUAAAUACAAGAGAGUUGCUUCUGCGGCUUUCUCUCAAAUAUCGUUUCUCACUCUCGAGCCAUAGUUUCUAUCCAUGGAUAUCCAACGCCAGUUUCCUGGUGUCCACUGGAUCUGGGGUGGAGGCAUCUCUUUCGUUUAUGAGGUCCACCCGCGCAUCGUGGUCAAAAUACCGAAGUCUGGAGAUUUCGAGAGAGAGCAAUUUAAUAAAGAGCUUAAGAUAUAUCAAAUAUUCUCGCAAAACCAACCUUGUCCCUCUAUUGUACAGUGUUUUUACUUUUCUAAUGAUGGCAUCUUCCUCGAGUAUAUGAGAGACAUGUCACUUUCAUCAAGGCUACAAAGAAAUCACACUCGAGACCAGCAAUCUAUGGUGGUUACCACAGUGAAAAAGCUGGAACCUCUACCUCUGCGAAAAGAAUGGAUGAAUGAUCUCGCUCAAGCCGCUGCUUUCUUAGAAUCCCUUGACCUCGCUCAUGGUGAUUUGCGACCUGAAAAUAUACUACUUGAUCGCAACCGACUAAAGCUAUCCGAUUUUGAUUGUACGGCAAGAAUUGGAACACACUACGAAGCCUGUAUGGCUCCAUAUGGCCGAAUACUUAAUAGCAACGAGUCCGACCAAGGAGAGUGUGGUACUUCUGGCUCUCUAGGCCCUCGAACAGAACUGUUCGCCCUUGGCUCUCUGUAUUACCUGAUAAACUACGGUUUUGAGGUUUAUGGAGAUCGCUGUCUCACUGGAGAUCCUUACGAACACGGUCCUAAGGUCGUGGAAUUACUACAGAACAUGGAAUUUCCGAAGUUGGAUGGCGAUCCCUUGAUCGAUAUUAUCAUCGAUAAAUGUUGGCAUCACAAAUAUGCAACGGUCUCGGAGUUAGCUGCGCACACAAAGACACUUUUGAAAGUAAGAGCCGAUGCGAUGGAGAAUAACGAAAGCAGACAGGAAAACAGCAAAGUGGCGACCUUUGUUACAACAAUCUUCAGCAAACGAUGGCGUCUGGUCAUGGGUCGCAUAAUUAGUGCAAUAUGUUAUGGUGUUGGAGUGUGGCGGAGGUUGUUAUCACUGGGUUUCCACAGCGAGGCAGCAUCCACUGAGCGAACCAGUUGCGAUUCUUGCGAUGAAAUAGAUCAUAACUAUUUGGGUACGGAAUUUUCUUCGAAAAGGGAAUUUUGUCAAGAACUGGAAAAACGGGGCCUUCUUCGCAUGCUUUCUUCAGGUGAGCCUGAGCAAAUUGGGUUCACUUUUGAUUGGUAUAGGCAUAGUCUAAAGGGUGAAAUGAUGAAGGAAAUUUGAUGGAAAUAUUUGUGACUAAUGACGGGGAAGUUCUCUGUAUUUCCUAAUCUUUCUUGCUCUUCUACCGAUCCGUGUCUUGAACCGCGUUGUGUUGAAGUUGCGCAGGUAAUCCAGGUGGAGGUCUGGUCUGGGGUCUGCUUGCUCCGCAUUAUAGAUAGUGUCGCUUGCUGUUUUAUUCACGUAAUCAAGUCAGAAAUACCGGCGAUUGAUGCUCACCUUUUGCGGGCGAAGUCUUGACUUGCGAACGGG